AUGAUGAUGCUGAAUCAGAACGGUGUCAUGUAUCUGCAACCCAGCUAUGAUCCUUGGAUCACAGCUGAUGUUGAAAAUAACCUCAGCGUGGAAAACACGACAUACAGUGGGACACUGUGGUCGAAGAGCUAUGAGGCGAACCUCCUGGUAUGUGUGGACCAGUAUCAAGUAUGCAACCCUAGCAGACCUGGUGAUUCCGGCUGCACCAAGCUUGGUGGCCAGAUGAGUACGUUCCUGUCUGCUUUUAAGACUGCUGGUGCAACGCUGGGGUUCAAUAUGCCCCAGCUUACAACCGUCUCACGGUUUCUCUCUGCAAACACUGACCGGAGUAUGUAUUCCAAUGUGAAUGGACGAGGAGGUGCUGCUUUGAACGCGUCAAUGAUGGCCUACAUGAAUCUUAAUUCAUAUCUUCCACCGAACCAAUGGCAAAUUGAGGUGUCAACGUGGUUUGCCACAUCCUUGGCUAAGGAGCAAGCCUGGGCCUUCGAAUGGGCCACUGCACCAAAAAAUCUCCCUCCCAACUCGCUUGGUCAUGGGUGGAAUGUCACUGCCCCUAUUAAUGAGGUUGCGCGUUCUGCAUGCCGGAACCAACUCAUGAACAAUGCCUCAGGAUACGAAAACUUUUCGAUUCUCGGACUGGCUCUCACACUCAUCAUUUGCAGCGUCAUCGUGAUUAUUGGGCUCACAGUGGAUACGGUAGUGGGCUGGCUGCGACGUGGAAAGACCAAGUACAAGCGGGACCAGUGGGCAGUAGAGGAGACAUUGGCCCUGCAUAAGGCAGCGUAUACAAACCUGGGGCUUUGGCGAGACAAUGGAGAGGAAAUGCCACCAAGUUCAAUCCUUCUGAACCGCUCAGCCCCGUCUGUCCCGCUUGGGGCUGAGCUGGACACAGAAGGUGUUGGCACGGGAAUGAAGCAUGGGUAUGCUGUUGUUGGGCAUGAAGUUCAAUGA